CCUCCGCCGGCACCGUCCCCAUCGUCCCCGCUGUGCUCGCGGCAGGCGCGGCGGCCGCGCGGCCUAGCCCGGAGGCCGGAUCCUCGGCCUCGCGUAGCGGCCGCUGCCCGCGGAGGGCCGCCCUCCUCGGGGGGGCCAUGUCCCUCGUGGCCUACGCCAGCAGCGACGAGGAGAGCGAUGCGGAGGAGCCCGCGGGUGACGAGGAGGAAGCGGCCGCUCCUGCUCCUCCUCCGGCCGCGGCCCAGCAGCCCCCGGCCCGGGGCCUCUUCGCUUCUCUGCCUCCCCCGAAGGCCCCGACGGGGCCGCCGCCGGGCAGCGGCUUCCCCCCCCCGCCGCCGCCUCCCUUCCGCACGGGCCCCCCGCCCGGCCUGAGGGGCUUCGAGCCGGGUGGGAGCGCGGAGCAGCAGCCGAGGCUCGGGGGGCUCCUCCUGCCCCCCCCCCGGAACGCGGCCACCACCGAGGCCUUGAGCCUGCCCCCUGCGGCCGAGCCCGGCCUGAGCCUGCCCCGGGGCAAGAAGAGGACGGAGCCGGUGCGGAUCCCGGUGCCCGAGCUGCGUGAGGCCGAUUCAGAUUCCGAGGAAGAUGAACCAAGCAAGAAGAAAAAUCCUCUUCAGAGCCGCGGCGAGGGCUCGGGUUUGUCCGCGCUGCUCCCCCAGCCCAAGAACAUGACCGUGAAGGAGAGCAACCGGUUACUGCUGCCCUACUCCGUGUCGAGGAAAGCAGGGGAGAGCCCCUCUGACUGCAAAGCGAAAGCCCCGACCUCGUCCUCCAAAGCCAAACCUCCCUCCAAGCCAGCGGUGCCCACGACUCCUUCUCCCUCCGCUAUCAAAGCCGCGGCCAAGAGUGCGGCCCUGCAGGUAACCAAACAGAUCACACAGGAAGAGGAUGACAGCGACGAAGAGCUCGAGCCAGAGAACUACUUCUCCUUGUCUGACAGGAGCGAGCCCGGCGCGGUGGGUGCUGACACCUACCUGUACUCUGGCCCCGGGGUGCCCGACGACCCCCCCCCCGGCACGGAGCCGGAGCCCCACUUCCAGGACGCUGCUGCCAACGCGCCUCUGGAGUUCAAGACGGGCGCAGGCUCCAGUGGGGCUCAGCACAGUUGGGUGCCCAAGCCUGGGGAAGAUUACAGCAGCCAAGCCUACAGCCAGUUCCCUGCCUACGGAGAGCCUGGAGCCUAUUAUCAGGAUUACUACAGCACCGGCUACUACCAGGAGGGGGAACCAGCGCAGGCAGCACCGCAGGAGAUGAGCAGCGACUCCUCCUUCCUCGAUGACGAAGCGUUCAAGCGGCUGCAGGGCAAGAGGAACCGAGGGCGAGAGGAGAUCAACUUUGUGGAUAUCAAAGGGGACGAUCAGCUGAGCGGAGCCCAGCAGUGGCUCACCAAGUCCCUGACUGAGGAGAAGACCAUGAAGUCCUUCAGCAAGAGAAAAGGAGACCAGCCCACGGGCCAGCAGAGGAGGAAGCACCAGAUCACGUACCUGAUCCAUCAGGCCAAGGAGCGAGAGCUGGAGCUGAAGAACACUUGGUCUGAAAACAAGCUCAGCAGGCGCCAGACUCAGGCCAAAUAUGGAUUCUGACUCCUCUGCCCUGCUCCUUGCCUGUAUCCCAGGGCACUUCCCGUUGGACUGCUCCUGGGCAGCACCCAGGCCCUCGGACACCACGCUCCCCUCCGCCCCGAGGAGGGAUUCAUGCGGCUGGGCCUGAGCCUCCACCCGCACCCUUUCCCCCCCUCCUUAACAAGCAAGGCCAUGGAAGGGUCAAUCCCAGCCUGUCCCACACCACGGAUCCUGCCCAAGGCAGGAGCUGGGCCUGGCACGAGGCUGUGGGCGCAGGGGCUCCCAUGCAGCCUCACCCAGGAACCUUGGGCAGAGCCUCAAUAAACUCCCAGUUCCCACUUUGCUCCUGUCCUGGACUCGCUGUGCACUCGGAGCUCCACUAGCCUUGGAAAGACGCUCCCAAGAGCAAGCUUGGCCUUGGGGCCCCCUUCUUUUGUGCCCCUUUGAGUUGGGGCAUCCUGGGGGCUGAGGAGCUCCUCUCACGCAGCCGCUCUUGGUGGCUGCUCCAGGGAUGCUGAGUCCCUGCUCCUGUGCUCGGCUCCAGCAGCCUCAGUGCUGCAGGGAAGUUCCUUUUGCAGGUCAGAGCUGGGAGCGCAGGAGGAUCCCGAGGUGCUUUGGGAUCAAGAUGCUCAGUGUGUAUCUGUACAUUUCCUGCCCCCCCCUCCCCUUCCUUCUGCCCAGAGCCCUCCCUGCAGCCAAAUCUCAGUGGCCUCACCCUAUUGCUAAAGGGGCCAGAGCUGGCGUUGCCCUCCCAUUCCCACUAUGGGUUUUAGUGUUGUAAAGCAGCUUUCUCUUUGGUGUUGGAUUUAGGACUCCCACAUUGGGGUUUUCUCCCCUGUUCCCUGUUCAAGCAACCCUGAGUGAAACCUUUCCUUAGAGCGCUUUAAAGGACGCCCCCCCCCCCCCAUUCCCAGGUCACUUCCUGGGAUGUUUUAGUACUUUUGGAGCCCCUUUGGAGCAUUGGAUGAGCGGAAUAAAGUCACUGGUGAGUGAUUUAUUGCUCUCUCCCCUGUAGAGCCCAGGCCUCCAGCGAGAGAUUUGAUAAGGAAUAAACUUUGCAAUGAACUCAGUCA